AUGCGGCCCCGCUUCGCCUGGUGCGACUCGCUGCCGCUCACGGGCUCCGGCAAGGUGGCGCGCCAUGAGCUGUCUCAGCUGCCAGUGCAGGAAGAUUCGGAGGACGAGGAGGAGGAAAGAGCUCCCCUGCAAGGCUUGGAGCUUCGCGUGGCGCAGAUCUGGGCGGAAGAGUUGGCGCAACCCUUGCACCGGAUCAACAAGCACUCGCACUUCCAGGAGCUUGGGGGCCACUCCAUCUCUGCCCUGCGCGUGUGUCGCCGCCUUGCUGUUCACUUGAGCUCAGGGGAGAUGUCUCGGGAUGAUGAUGCGCUAGGCGGCGACUUGGGGGAGCUCACUGGGCCUUUUGCGCCCCUGGAGCUCUUGACAAGGCCCAAGUUCCAGCGCUACGUCCAGUUCCUGGCGGAAGCGCUUGGUCAAGAUGUGGACAUGGCCGCAGAGGGGCAAGAGGAAGCCGAAGACGAAGAAGGCGAUGGCGUGGAGUUGUUGCACCGGGCUGCUGCGGCAGGCUCCGUGCUGCUCAUCGGCUUCCUUGUUGGUCAGGGCAUACCGGUGGACGGGCGCUGCAGCAGGAAGCGCCUGAAGGCGGCCACUCGGUCACAGCGCUCCUUGCAGCAAACUGGCAAGGACGGGCUGAGGCCGCCGGCGCCGCUACACAGCGCUCAUGGCUCGCCGGAGGCCACGGCCGCUUUGCUGCAGCACAACGCCACGGUUACGGCCACCGAGGCACACGGCGUGAUGGCUCUCCACUUGGCGGCCACCAAAAAUGCCCAGGUUGUCCAACUCCUCUUGGACGCCAAGGCGCCGUUGGCUGCCAAAGACCUGAACCAGCAGACGGCCUUGCACUUUGCGGCGCGGGCGGGCUGCUGCGAGAGCCUGGCCGUGCUGUUGCGGCAGUGGCUGGCGGAUGAGAGUAUCAUCUCCCAAGGCGCCCGUGUCUACGGGGGGCCCCUGGACUGGCGGGACCGGUGGCACCGGACGCCGGUGCACUGGGCGGUGCUGAACGGCCAUCUCCAGGCACUGAAGGCGCUUCUGGAAGCUCGGGCCAGCGCGGAGCCUCCAAAGGUGCGAGAGUACCGCCACGUGAGGAGCACGACUCUGAGGCACGAAAGUCCCUUGGACAUCGCCCAGCGCCUGGAGCCGCAAAUGGUGGCGGUGCUCCUACAGCACGGAGCCGUAGCUGCCUGACGUGCAAUGCUGCAAGGCAGCCAACUUGACCCUAGAGCUGCAGCACCCCGGGACGGCGACGAGGACCCAAGAACUGCAGGUCUAGUGGUCGUGACACGCGCACGCCUCAGCCAGGCAAGCACUUUCAACAUCUGCGGAGAUGAAGUUUUUGCACCUGACAAGCGCAUCAGAGCUGCAGCGCUGCGUUGGACUGGACCUAAAGUCUGGCCCAAGCAGUUCGCGCUUCCCUAGCGGCCCUCACAGUGCA